CUGAAUGUCGCAGUCGAGUGCCGACAACGAUGAGGGGACGUCUUCGCCUCUGGCGACAAAUCGGCCGACGCUCGUCCGGAAACGCACCCUGAGCCUGUCCUCCGAUGCUGAAACCGACAUUGUGGACCUCAAACGACCUCGUCUGACCCCUGCCUUGUCGUGGACCUCUAGUCUUAACGAGUCUUUUUCAAGUGAGGUCUCACUCUUCUCCAACUCCACGCCCGCGUCCCCACGUAUGUGCCGUACGUAUAGCCGGCGGUUACGUGAAUCGACACGGCCGACAACCACCACGCGUAUGGAUCUAUCGCUGCUCUCCGGCCGCGGCCGCGGCCGUAGUGACAAGGACGAGGCCCUCGAGAGCGGCCUUGCUAUGAUGCGCGAAACCGCCUCCGUAAGCAGUCGCGCGACAUCCCCAGUCAUGCCUGUUUUCCCGGAGCCCUCAGCUCGGCACCACCUCAAAGCUGGUCGGGUUGCCAUCGACUUCAGUGUCUCGACAACGGCGACUCAGCAGGAUCCUCCAACGGAGGAAAACCCUUUCCAAGGUCCAUCAUGGCCAGCAAGUUGGGGUGUCAGCAACGUGCUGUACUUCUCGCGUGGAAACAGGGUGUACCUGAAGAACAUGUCCCUGAACGAGGACGUCGCCCAGCUGUGCAAGCUCAAGGAAUCUCAUGGCGACCUUCGACUUCUAGAGUGCGGUGGCCGUGACCAACCCAAUAUCCUUGCCUCCGCGACGAGCAAGGGUUAUAUUCAGCUUUGGGAUGUCACGGCGCGGAAGAGCACUCUUGCCUGGCAGGCGAAGGGCGCCGUCAGCAUGCGGUGGAACGGACCUGUGCUCACCGUCGGCGGGCUGAAAGGCACCGUGCGCCACUACGACACACGUAUUGCGACCACGUCAAAGAUGCGCGAGCAGUCUCGCCGUGCGAUGCGUCACCAAAAGCCCAUAACUAGCCUCGCGUGGAACGGCGAAGGAAAGCUCCUUGCGAGUGGUGACGACUCGGGGCUUAUCCUCUGCUGGGACGAUCGCAUGCAGCUCCCCCUUGAUGUCGGUGAACACAAUGGUCGUCGUAAGAAAAUGAUGCAUGGCGGUGCAAUUACGGCACUUGCAUGGUGUCCCUGGCAGCCUAAAGUCCUCGCCUCUGGUGAUAGCACCGACGAUGGUGCAGGCAUCAUUCGCAUCUGGAACGUCUCAGGCUCCUCGACACAGCCCAGCUCCUCUCACUCCUCUGUCCAUUCGUCUUUUCGUUCCUCCACCCCUUAUGCCUCAGCCUACUCGGCAACUUCCCUCGUCCGCGGCUCUCUCACACGCUCCUCGUCUAUGACAUCUAUAUCCUCGCUCUCCAGUCGCUCGUUUUCCACGCCCUUCAGCCCGCGGACGGAAAGACCAGACCGCAUCGACAUCGGCGCAGCAGUAACGAGCCUCCAUUGGAGCCCGCACUGUAAAGAGCUCCUCAGCACCCACGGCCCCGGGCGCACGGUGGCACCGAACCACCUCGACGCCGAGGACGCAGACGAGCCGGCCAUGCCGCUGCGGCAUCGCUACGGCAACAGCGUCGUCGUGCACCAAUACCCUAGCCUGGCGAUGGUCUCGAGCGUCCGCGUCGACGGCGACGACCCCAGCACGAGUCACGGCGCGCAGGCCUCGGCGGGUACGGCGGACGGAGGGGACGGCGCAGAUGCAGCUAACGGCACAGCUAGAGCAGCAGAGCCGCGGACACCGCUCAUCGCGGGAAGCUUGUUAAGCCCAAGCGGGCAGAAAGUGCUACUCGCGCUGCCUGGCGAGGGCAAGCUGCGCGUCUGGGAUGCCUGGGGCAAGCCAAGCCUGCGCCGGCAGCCAAGCGCACUGAGCGUGGAGGGCCGUAUCCGGUAGUCUCCACGGAAAUUUUGAGCUGGCAAGUUGGGCUGGCGAUUCGUGUGAAAUAGCGGGACUGUGGUCCAUUGGGGAGUGGCAAGCGGAUGCGUGGAGGGGGGGACGAACAUUGUAUGCUAGCACAGGAAAUAAUGUCUCGUGCACGUGAACGUGCUUACCCGUUUGUCUCCUACAGGUGUAGCACCUAGAAUUUGCC